UUUCAAGUCAGGUCUUGCAGGCUGUUUGAAAAAGCAACACAGCUUUUAAGGAACUUCACUUCUCUAUACAUCUUUCAUCUAUCUGCUUGAAAGACCUGAAGAAAAUAGUUGCCCUCCUGACAUACAAAGAUGGCUGCAGCUCUGACUCUCCUUCUCAUUGGCUGUCUGCUGCAACGUGCCCUGUGUGGAGAGUUUACGGUCAUUGUGCCGAAAACUAUAGAGGUUCUGAAAGGAUCCUGUGUGACCAUCCCCUGCUCCUUUGACAUAGAGAACAAAUAUGAAUCAAACUUAGAAAACACAUGUAAAGCAGCAUGGAAAAUAAGUAACCUGACUAUUGUGUUUGAUAGCAGUAAUCCACAACUAUCCAUGAUAAAAGGAAAUUUUACAGGAGACUUGAAAAAAAAAGACUGCACCACAACCCUGAAUAACAUUCAACUUUCACACAACGAUACAUAUUUCUUCAGAGUGGAAUGCAACAAUGACCUGAAAUAUAAUUAUUAUAAAUCAGCUGUGGAUAUUUCAGUCAAAGAUGAUCCUCCCAGACCGACUCUGACUCUGUCCACACUGGAGAGGAAGGAGGGAACCUCAGUGAGUUUGACGUGCUCUGCUCCAGCUCCCUGUCUGUCUCAUCCUCCAACUCUGACAUUUACCCCCAGCCUGGGAGACAGUCAGGAGACACUGCAGGAGAAUCAGGACAAAACUAAAGACAUGACCUCUGUUCUGACUGUCACUGCUUACCUCCAUCAUGGAAAGAACAUCUCCUGUACUGCUGUCUACAACAAACAAGAUGGCAGCACCGAGUCAGCCACUAGUGGAAGUUUAACACUUGAUGUUUCAUUUGCUCCACAUAUCCUGUCCUCUGAUUGCACCAAAGCUGCAGGCCAGCUCAACUGUUCCUGUGAGACUGUGGGAAACCCUUCUCCCACUUUACAGUGGUAUUUUAAUGGGUUACCUGUCAAUCACUCAGACAGGUUUGCUGUCAGCAAUGAGCCUCUAAAUGACACAGGUCUGAGGAGCAUCAUCACUGUGAAUCAACCACAGGAGAGGGAUCUUUCCACCUUGCGCUGCCGCAGCUCCAACUCUCUGGGAUCCACUACUCAGCGAUUUUAUGUCUACAUCCUUGAGCCUCAAACAUCUUCAGAAAGUCACGGUGCAAUUACAUUUCCAUCCUUCAUCAUCACAGUUGGAGUUCUAACAGCAGCACUAGUAUGUGCUCUACUGUUUGCUAUCAGGGCUCAGGUGACUUGCUGCCAUAACCCUACAAAGAGUCAGUACACAGGUGACACCAGCACAGCUGUGAUGAAUCAAGGCCUGACAAGUGAAAGGAGAAAUAAGGUGUCUAUCUCAUCAGAAGAGGAUAUUUAUGUCAACGCCAGUAUGGCAGUGAUGUGAUUUACUCGAGUGUGAAUUGGAAGAACAAGAAGAAGAAGGGAGAACACUCUGGUAACAGGAAUCUGUCAGGUAGCUCCCCUCUAGAGGAGAAGAGGUGUAUGGAGGGAGGCGUGUGCACGCUCUGGAGAUGGAGAGUCUAUAUGACAACAUUGCGACUGGAAAAGAUGCAAAGAAUGCAGUGGAUAGUGAAUGUGCCCAGGUUAAGUUUAGAGACAAAAAUAUUAUGUACAAAUAGAUCUUGUUAUGUUUGAUGUUUGUUGAAACUGCUUUCUACACCUGUUUUUACUGUAACAUAACUGCGUAGUUUGCUAUGUUGCUAUUUGCUAUUAUUUACUCAGGAUAAGUUGAUUGUCCAGAUUUCUUAGUCAGUCUGGAAAGUUAAAAUUGCAAGUUUUCAGUUAAAUGCAACUUCUAAGAUUAUAUUGCAUUUCUAAUAAAUGUGUAAAUGUCA